AACCUCUAUAAUUUCAAUCAUGCAGAAGACAGAAUGCUAUAUCUUUUUUUUCUGCCUCAGGACCCAGAGGCACGUUGAAAUGUUUACGGUUGAGUCGCUGGUGCUACACGUUUCGAUAUAUGAUUCUUAGUUUUAAGCGAUUGUUUAACUGCUCUAUAGCAAGUUAACAAUCAAGGCCCUCGCUUUAAGUAGCAGAUUGUGAAAAUAGAUUAGUUUGCUAAGAUAGCUAACAUUCAAACUUUGCAGAAAACAUUUUAGCCGCGAAAUUCAGAAACAGAAAUGACAGCUUCUCUGGUGGUUCCUGUCAUUGAUGUCCAAAAUGACAAUUUUAAAGAGCUUUGGCCUGCUAUGGUCGUGGCCAUUAAGACGUCGUCCUUCAUUGCACUUGACACCGAGCUGAGUGGUCUUGGAAAUAGGAAGUCCUUGCUGGCCGAAUCUAUAGAGGACAGAUAUAAAGCUAUAUGCCAUGCUGCUCGCUCUCGUUCCAUCCUCUCCUUGGGGAUUGCCUGUUACAAGAAGCUGGAAGACAGGGCUGCGGACACAUACCUGGUCCAGGUGUAUAACCUCACCCUGCUGUGUUCAGAGGAGUAUAUCAUAGAGCCCCAGUCAGUCCAAUUCCUGGUGCAGCACGGGUUUGACUUUAACAAACAGUACGGCCAUGGGAUCCCUUACUGCAAGGGCAAUAAUAAGGGAGGAUCCGAUGACCGUGGCGUCCACAUCCGGGCGUUGUUCACCGAACUACUGCGUGCCAGGAAGCCCCUAGUGCUGCACAAUGGACUCAUCGACAUGGCCUUCCUUUACCAGAGUUUUUACGCUCAUCUGCCCGAGCGCCUGGCCACUUUCACAGCGGACCUGUCUGAGAUGUUCCCUGCUGGCAUUUAUGACACCAAAUAUGUCACUGAAUUUGAGCUCAGGCUCACUGCUUCUUAUCUAGAGUACGCCUAUAAAAAAUGCAAGCUGGAUAACAGUCGCAGUGUAACUUCCGAAGCACCUGGUCCUCAUGUUCAUAUUGAGUUCUGUCAGUACGCUGGUCACAUGUCCACCUAUGUGGACUAUAAAGUGUGUCCAGCUGUAACCUCCGCUGAGGGACCGACUGACAUCUGCCAACGCUUCUCUGCAUUUGGUUGGUGUCCGAACGGCACCCAGUGUCCACUGUCUCAUGACACAGACCAUAUCAUCCUCCAGGAUGAGAAAAACAAAGUGGAUAAGAGGAAAAAGAGGAAGAGACAGAGGGAGAAGAAGACAGUUAAAGGAGAAGCAGCAGAGUGCUCCUCCGUCUUAGAUGGUGGCCCAGAAAACAAAAAAGUCUACGUGGAAGUGGAUCUAGAAGAAACGUCAAGCGACCAACAAGAGAAAAGCGCUGAGGUCUGUCCAGACAGAGAUGGAAACUCCCAGCAAAAUGAAAACAUGAAAAGUGAGGGUAAUGGAAUGUGUGAAGACACCACAGACUCCAGGAACUCUACAAGAACAUCUUCAGCUCAUGAUAACACAAACACGAAUGAUUGUGUAGAAAGUAGCACAGGAGGUGGAGAGAUGGAUAUAGUCGGCGUCCACUCAGCUGACACUGAAGCUCAGAAGAAGAAGCCUGAUGCAGGAACACAUCGGGCUGGGUUUGAUGCCUUCAUGACAGGUUACAUCUUUGCCUAUUCAUGCACCCUGAUCAAGAAAGAGGUUGGAUCAGCAGUAGAGGAGAUGGAGGACGACAAGAAGGAGGAGCCGUCAUGGCUUCCUACCUGUCUUAAUAAGAUCUACCUCAGUGGCAAGGCAGCUCCUCUCAAUGUGGUUAAAAGCACUUUCUCCAAGUCAUCAAAGGCCCACGUGCAGAAGAUGGAGAUGGUGUGGGGUGGAAGAAUCUAGUGUGGACACUUGCACUCAGCAGAGUAAGCAAAUUCAAGAGCAGUUAUUUUUGUGUCAAUGGCAGCAGCCUGUCUCUAUGGACAGCAGUUGACCUGACUGAGAUGGACCGCUGUAUUUGACUUUCAUAAACUCCACUGAUCUAAGUGAUCCACCAACUUUUCAUUGGGUGAACCUCUGGCUUCAUAUUUCUGUUUUUUUAGUGAUAUAUCUUUGUAACCAUCAGCUGGAUUUCUGUAAAUUUGGUACAGAUGUCUGCCUCAUCUGGAUUACUUGUGUCACUUUCAAAAUUGUAUUUUGUCUCUAUCUUUGUUUUGUGAAAUACCUGUAAAACGAUUGUUAGCAUGACCCUGCUACUAUGAGUUUAGUUUAGUUCAUGAAGUUGAUGCUGAAUGCAAAACAUUGCAGCGUUUAGGUACUGACCCAGUGAGCAGCAAGGUUGUUUGUUGACAUUCUUGGAGUUGAUGGGGGAAAUUCGAGGACUUUUUAUGUUUAAGGGAGAUAGAGCCGCCUGUUAUGAUUAGUUAAUUAAAAGAAAAUUAAAUGGCUAUUUUUAAAUUGUCUUAAUUGUUAAAGUAAUACUUAAACCAGAAUGUCCAACAUUUGGAACAUUAUUUUUAACUUAAUGGUUAAUUGCAUAGUUUAGGUUUAGACUUAGUUUCAUCUAAUGACAACACUUUUACACAAAGAUUUGAUAAUGACAAACUUUGCAGCUCUACUUCAAUAACACUGUUGAUAUUUAUUAUGUUAACAGUACAGGAUUAAGAUAUGUUCAGGUUUUUUUUUUAAUUUAUCUUUACAUAAGGUUACGUUGCCAUAUUCUUAUGUGUCCAGCAGUCCUCUGUUAAUUAAACUGUAAAAACUACUAACGGAAAUAAACCAGCAAUGCAGAGACAACUCUUUCAAAUUAUAAUUAUUACACUGGAGAUGAGGUGGCGUUUGGUAUCAUUUUACACCACAUGUGGAAUUUUGUUUUAUGUCCUUUUCUGGUGGAAAAUUAAAAAGAUUUCUUUACAAAUGUA